AUGCUUCGAAAUUCGAAACUUCUUCUCCUGUUUUCUUUGCUAUGGAUUGCGAUCGCGCAUGAGGGGGAAUCGCGUCCUGCACUCAGCCACUUCUCUCUGCGUCGCGCAGUGCCGAAUGAAGUCCAAUAUUGCAGCCUGGAAACCUGCGGUGAUAGAGAGCGGGCGGGUCUAUGUCGCCGCCAGCUGAGUCCCAGAGUUCUUGAAGCGCCCGACCCGUCAUCACAUCCGGCCAGCGGCCAUUGGUAUGGCCCAAACAACUAUGGCAACAGCGUUGAUAGCUUUUUCCGCGGCGAGAUAGCAAAGCGGGCAGACACCCAAUCCGACAUUGUCUCUAUCUACGGAGGCCAAGUCACCUCCGAGUACGUCCGCUUUAAGGAUGAACCAAGAUCGCUCGCAAUGCUUGGGCUUUGCGGAUGUAUUGGUCUUAUUGUCAUGUCGAGAUCGGCAGUUUGGAUGGCUCAUGUGUACGAGCACCCUGUCCUCACUAAUGACGACACAUUUGACGAGAAUGGUAUUGCUGUCCUUUAUAAUGGUAGAGGGAGCUCAGAUAUGUACUAUGGGCUGUCGGAUCUGAGUGGCAACGUCUUCGCUCCAGACGAAGAUCCAGUCGCUGUUGUGUUUGCCCCUAAAUCGUCAAGCUCUGGUUUCCAGUAUGAACCUCUCAUGCGAAAAAUAGAUCAAAUGGUCGAGAGAUCAAUCGGUAUAGAUCCUAAAUGGGUUGGGUACGUGCCGAGGCGGACUGGUGGAGUGAUAUCCAGAUUCGACUUCGAUUGCACUAGAUCCGAAGGUAAGGUUCUUGUGCAGUACCAGCCGUCUAACCCAGGAAGGUUCACCCGUUCCAAGGCCAAAGCCAGGAUUUGGGUUGAAGGGGAUAGUUGGACAUACAAAACAUCAUGGUCACCUCAGAGUGAUCAAAAGCGCUAUUAA